UCAGAAUUUGCUGAAAGUUCGUGUAUUUUACGGUAAAUAUCCUUUUUUUAGGAAUUGUAGAACCCUAAACCCAGAGCAUAAGCCAUAUUGAAAUUCAUCAUUUUUCUCAUGAAUGAACUCAAUGCAGACCAUCAGGAGAGCCAUUGUGAUCGGGAACGGCGUCGCCGGCGCCCAAAAUCAGUGCAUCGGCUUGCUUCGAGCCUUGGGUCUCUCCGAUAGAUACACACUCUUUCGUGUUAGUCGGCCGAGAGGUGGAAUCAAUGAGAAACUUCGUUGGUUGCCAGUUAAUGUGCAUAAACGAUUAGAUGGUGCUGUUGAGUGGAUUCGUGGAAAACCAUUUCGAGCAAAGAAAUUGGUGCCGUUUCCAGCUGAGCGGAGAGAAGUUUUAGAGGCAGAUGCAAGGCAUAUCGUGAAAGCUGCCCAGCAAACAUUUGAUAGGGAUGGCCCCAUCUUGGUGGUUGCAUCAGGUCAUGAUACCAUCGCUAUUGCAAGCUCCAUCAAGAAGUUGGUUCCAGACAAUAUCUUUCUUGUUCAGAUACAGCAUCCAAGGUCUCGUCUUCACAGAUUUGAUCUGGUGAUAACACCUCAGCAUGAUUAUUACCCCUUAAUGCCUGAGGCACAAGAACAGAUCCCUUUGUUUCUAAGAAGGUGGGUAACACCUCGAAAGUCUCCUGAUAAACAUGUGGUCCUUACAGUGGGAGCUCUACACCAGGCUGAUUCUGAUGCUUUGAGAAGCGCAGCUUCUGUUUGGCAUGAUGAGAUGGCACUCUUGCCUAAGCCCUUACUUGUUGUUUCCAUUGGAGGUCCUACAAGACAUUGCAGAUACGGUGCUGAUCUUGCAAUGCAGCUUACAGCUGCAAUGAAGAGUGUUCUUUCAACUUGUGGAAGUAUCAGAAUAUCGUUCUCUCGUCGAACUCCCAAGACUGUAUCUGACAUCAUUUUGACUGAAUUCUCAAACCAUCCCAGAGUCUACAUUUGGAAAGGUCGAGAUCCAAAUCCACAUAUGGGACAUCUAGCUUUAGCAGAUGCUUUUGUAAUUACAGCCGAUUCAGUAAGCAUGUUGAGUGAAGCUUGCAGCACAGGGAAGCCUGUGUAUGUAAUUGGAGCAGAGCGGUGUACAUGGAAGUUUUCGUACUUUAUCAAAACCCUGCAGAGUAGAGGAGCAGUUCGACCAUUCACCGGCACAGAAAAUAUUUGUGAGAAAUGGGAGUAUGUUCCACUUGAUGAUACAAAGAAGGCUGCUGGUGAAGUGAUUAAGGCAGUUGCUGAACGUGGAUGGAGAUUGCUGCCUCACUCAGAUCUCUCAUAAUUUUAAGAGUAUCUGAUAAAGGCAAAGGAUUCUUUCAUUUGUACCCUCUUGUAUUUUCUAGCCAUAUCAAUUUCUUCUUCUUCUUCGUCUUCUUCUUCUUCUUCUUCUUCUUUCUGUGUGAUUUCAUUUUACUCAUUAGUCAUUAUCGUUCUUUUGGACAUUGUCUUAUUCACCCUUAUUUUGUGAAAUUACUUGUAAGAUAUUGAAUAAUUUAUUGGCUUUAAUAUUCUUAUCAAGGUAUUGUUUUAUCUUUGGACAAA